AUGGCUCGCCUGAGCAAGGGGGACAUCCUCGAAGCGGCGAUGAACGCAGCGCGCUGUGUUUCCUCUGUCGCUCGGGGUAGCGCGAACUUAAAAGGGAAUUAUGCCAAAACGAUAAAGGAUGGGAUAUCUGUAGUCUUAGCUGCUGUUCGGGAAUUGGAGUCGAGAGCUUCCGACCCUUCGGGUGGCGAAAGAAUGGAGAGGUUAAGACAAGAAAUUUGGGUAGCCACCAACCAGUCAAAAAAAAUGGGCUCAGGACUGGCCGAAAUGCGAUCUGUGGCCACGGGAAUGAAUGAGGUUACUGAGACCCGGGAGGUAGCGACCUCCCUUCGGGCAGGGAACAUGAAUGUACCUGCUGAUACAAAUGAAAUUAUUUCUAGAACCAAUGAUGGGUUCAUUACAGUUACUCGAAAGAGUAAAAAAUGCGUAAAACAAAAGCCGAAUAGUGGGCCUGCAGUGGUUGAUAAGAGAAAUAAAAAGACGAAGCCGGCUCUCGAUGGCUCGCAGUUCAAACUCGAAAAGGUUUCACUCUAA